AUGGCGUACCGACCCCAGAAACAAGGAGGGAGAGGGCUAAUGGACCGGGUGGAACCCCCCGCAGCCGACCUCUACGGGGAGCGUGCCGUCCAGCGUGAGAUGCUUCGUUACCAGAGAUGGAAAUCGCCCAUUCCCGGUCCCAUGUGGAGAAACCACUUCUCCAACCCGUUCUACGGCGCCAACCAGAUGUACGAAAUCGUGCCCUUUUCGCGCCGGGGUAUGCCUCCCCAGAAUCCAGUCGGAGCACAACAAGCGGGUGCGCCUGGACAGAACAACCCUGGUAACCAGGCGCAGGCACCGGGACCGCAGGUGGGUGACAGGUUCAAAGGGGGGCAGCCUGUGCAUGUUCAAGAGGCGAUCGCGAGGGCGAGGGUGUUUUUGGAGACGAGCUCGGAUUUUCGGAUCAAGAAGGUGCUGGGUUGGGGCGGCAUGGGCGCGGUGUUGCUGGCUGAGUUGAGACAGCCAAGGGAAGGGCAGUCGCAGAACGUGGUGAUCAAGAUGAACUUGGUCGAAAGGGGUAGAGACAAUUUCAGGCAGGAGAAGCAGAAUCAUAUCCGGGUGGCCAGGGCCGCGCACGUGGUGCAGUGUCUUGUGGUGGAGGACAGGCGGCAGCAGCAAGAUAAAGACAAGAACAAAACAGGACCGGGUAUCAACAGGAAUGCACCAGCAGCAAUGAAGAGGAAGUAUGCUGGCGAUGCUGCGGACUCUGCUUUUCAGGUCGCCAAGCGGACACGUUUGACAACGGGCGAAGAGGAGAAAGGACCGGGCGGUGACAGGCCGAUAGUUGCGGCGCCAGCUUCAGGAGAAUCGCCUAGAGCAGCACUCCGCGGUCCGCUUGCAAGGGCUAUCUUUGACCGAGCGAGAGAGGCCAUGCACCUUAAGGGGGCUAGCAAGCGACGCAGCGAUGGAGACCACGACAUCAACACACAUCCAGACCUAAUGGUCAUUGAGCCAAUGUGGCGUGGUGAUUUUGACUUGUGGGUGAGAAAGAUGGCCCACUCGGGAGAGAAGUUUCAUUCCAAAGUGCUUUGGUUGAUCUUUGAGUGCUUGUUCAAGGGCGUUCUCGCCAUGGCUCAUCCCCCGCGGCACUAUCAUGAGUAUAAGGAAACUGGAGGAAGAACGGGCCCCAUUAUGGAAGAGCGAUUGCCAGAUAGAGAGGAUGUGAUCAACUUUGAUAGGGAUGCCUUUAUACACUUUGACUUAGAUCUAGCAAAUAUCCUUGUUGGAGAUUUCAACGUUCCCACUCGAGAGUCGCAUUCGGUAACGCCAAAUAUCAAGAUAGCUGAUCUUGGCUUGGGUACGCACAUGGCCACUGAGAAAAACGAUUUCUUCAAGAUGUGGGGGUCAAGGUUCUGCGGCAAGCCAGGAGCGGGCUGGCUCUCACCGGAGCAAUUCCACCCCGAAUGGGAUUACAUCAAGUACACACCAUCCACAACCGUCAACUUCACUCCUACCAUCGCCGGUAAUUACACCUGGAAAACGAAUCUGUACUGGAUCGGUCAAGUUAUGUGGUGUCUCGUCACGCUCCACAAACCCUCCAGAAUGCCGUUUCCUUACUGGAUUACGGACCACAGACCUCCUGGGCGCCGUCGAGGUCGAGCUGAAAACCAGGGUAGAUUCUGGUCAUGGGGUGGUCUCGUCAAUCAUACAAGGUACAAUCACAUUGACGAGGACCUUCGUGCCGCCAUAGUCCUGUGCAUGGCCGACAGUCCAGCCAUGCGGCCUGAGGCAAAGCAGCUGUGGGAUUGGAUUCAUGAGAAGACAACGUCUGAAUGGGAAGGUUUGUCGGAAGAUGAAGCCCGUCAAUGGGCUGCAAGAUUCUUCGAAUCACCAGGAGUCCCAGGACCAACAAGGCCGGCCGUCUUUGAACAACCAGGAGAAGAUAAAGCUGAGAGUCUCGCAAAGAAUUCCAGGCCUCCUUGGGGCAAGAUACCCGACACCUUCGACUUCACUUUCAAGGUUCCCGGAAAGUGGCCUAAGCUCCAGUCAACCAAGCCCGUCAAAGUCAAGAAGAAACCAGCGUUUCCAAGACCACCAAAGGCUGCAGCGGACACUCCGAAUCAUGAUCCUCAACAGGCCGUGCCAAACCCUCCAGAUCCUGCUCCUCAACAGGCGGAAGAGCCCCCAGCAAAGGGUCCUUUUGGGCGUCCACGCAGAAAAUCCAGUGGGGUGAAAGCGGAACAGAUAAAGGCCGCCGUUGAAGCAGUUGAAGCCAACCCAGUUCCACAAGAAAAAGCUGUUCCCGAUCCCCAAGGCUCUGAUCAAGAAGCAACGGUACGACCCGCAGCUCCAGUGGCUCCAACCCCAGCAGCGGCAGCACCACCACCACGAAGACCAACUCCAAAGGAACGCAUCCAAGCAGCAUUAGAGGGAACCGCAGCGGAACCCGCACCGGCACCUGUAAUCCCGCAACUACCACCGCCCAAGGCUGAGACCAACGCGGUAGCCGGACGAGUCCGCACCUUCGUCGUGCCCUCCGACUCCACCGCGGCCACCAGCUCGACCGCAGCCGCAGCCGCAGCCAAAGUGGCAGCCGCAAUAGCCCAAGCUACAUCACAAGCACGAGCGGCACGAGAAGGAGCGCCAUCAUCCUCUCUCACCAACAAACGGCUGACAGCACUUGGGGCAGGUGUCCGUCUUCUUCCGCAUACCAAGUCCGGCGGCAUCCAGGGUACGCCGCUUCAACCGAAUCCUCCUCGCAAGCAAGUGAAUUACCAGACUCCCCCUCCAAUCGCUGCAGAUGCCGUAGUGCCCUUCCUGCCUCGGGAAUUGGGAUCUGCCCGAGGAAAGCCGCAAAGACUCCUAGGUAAUAGAGGGAUAAUCGGUCAUGGGGCGGCAGCUCAGGGGCAGAGAAAGCCGGGUGGGAUGUAUCGGCCGCCUCUGCAGAAUCCGAAUCAGCCACUACAGGAGAAUCGGCCGCCCCAACAAAAUUGGUUACCUCAGCAGGCCCAAGUACCGCAGCAGCAGCAGCAGCAGCCUCAACAACCACCGCCACAGCAGCCUCAACAACUCAAACUCCCCACAGCAUUCAUCUUGCCCAAUAACCGACCAGGCGGAUCGGCAUUACCACCCCAAAGACCACCGGGACCGCCAACACCACUCGUGCGCAGACUGAAUCCCACCAACCGCAAAGUGGGUGGUCAGUACGACCUUAGGGCGCGGCGGAAGAACACUCUAUUGAGGGGCCCAGGUCCAAGCCGCUUGCAACAAGCCUGGACGCCGCGGGACCUGGCCGAAGGAGGCAAAGCCGGAAGGGCAGGGAGCGGAUUAUUCGCUGGAUUGAAGCUGGGACGUAGAGCGGCGGCAGCGGAGCAGACUGCGGUUCCAGAAGCGAUUGUACAGGAGGACCACCUUGCUGGGAAGGAAGAGGAAGAGGAGGGGGUCAGGGCUGGAUCAGGAAGAUCUGAACAAAAGCUUGCAUCGUCGAUACUACAAAGUAGUGUUUCUGCGGUUGGAAGGGGGCCUAGUUCGCUCGUAGUUGGUUGGGAACACUUGGAGGAAGAGCCAGCAGCCCCGUUGUCUCCCCGUGAGCUAGAGAAACGCCGACUCGAGUUUGAAAGGUUCCAGGCCAGGAAUUUGUUAUUCAACGGUAGCCUACUCGGCGUGGAUUGGGAUGAUGAGGACUCGAGUGACUCGGAUGAACCAAUGGGAAGAACUGGUGAUGAGGAGGAGGACGAGAGUCAAGACGCAAUGGCGGUGUCCGAAGCGUCCACGACUAUCGGCAGGUUUGCUAGUUUCUUUUUUCGCUUUGGUGGGUUUGGACGAGGAGGAUCGAGUUCAUAA